AACACAGAUGCUCGGCAUUAGCAAAUAAUAGGGAUUUGGGGGCGGAGCGGAGGGCGGAAAACAAAAAUAGCUUGGAACUAAUGACGACGACGUCGCCGUCGCAGUUGUAGAAAACAAAGCAAAUGCAAAAGUCAAUAGACAGUAGUGAAAUACAAACGACAUUAUUAAAUUCCCGGGUAGAGUCGUGAAGUGGAAGCCACCCAGCCAUCCGAUUUGACUUAUCGCGACCCCAGUGCGACCCGACUUACCCAUCAUGAAACAAUACGCCUGCACUACCGGCAGCUGUCCCAAGCGAUCCAUACGAUCCGAGCCGCUUUUGAUGUUUAAUCGUCUUGGGGACGGUGAUUUGCUGAUGACUCGGUAGUGUGUCCAGAUCUUGGUCCCGAUUCCCUCCCAACCGGGUAAUUAAAACAGGCCACUCUAUUAUCUGACUCCGACACUUAAGCUUAUGGCCAUUUGGGAUGCAACGUGUAGAAGCAUAUAAUUAAUCAUUUCUAAACUGAGCUAGGUACUUACACCAACUUUAAAACGGUCCCGACAUUUCGCCCGUUUAUUUAGAAAGUCAGUAAAAAAUGGGCCAAAGGCGAUAAGCCGGUGGAUUUAGAAAAGCGUUCUAAAAAACUCUUUUGCAAUUUAGGGAGCAUUUUUUUAAACUGAAAGAUUGUUCAGCGUUUAGGGUGUGUUGCCCUAAGUGGAAAGGCUAAAAUGAUAGCAUAAAGCUGUCAGAAGAGGAUAAUUUUUAUAAAAAAAAAAGAAAGGUUUGGUCCAAAAUUUGAUAAAGGAUGCAUUUCCUAAUCGCAUUCUAUUUUCUAGGAUAUGACUGAACUGUUUUCAGAUUAUUUAAUUCAAUUUAUUUAUGCCAUAUAUGAAGCUAACGUUAAAAGAGGCCGAUCUGUGCAGCACCGUUUAAACCAAAAAACCAUCGUUUAUAACUGAUUUAGAUAAUAAAUAUGAGGGUAAAAAAAUAGGAUCAACAAAUUUCAGGACAUACUCCGUUUAAAAAAGAACAUUGUUCUUCCUGGUUUUUGGUGUAUAUAUACCGUUCACCGUACCUUCAUUUCAAUCAUCUUUAAUAUAGUAUACAAAAAACUGUAGGCUUUUCUCCGAUCACUUUAUAUACACACCCCCAACUAAUUAAUGUAAAUAUAAAUCAAACAUUAGAAGUCAACGGGAGACGUGUUAAAAGCUACAUAUAAGUUAAUAAUGCUAAUUCUGGGUUUUUGCGCCUUACAACAAUAUUUGAUGAGCUUGAUUUGUGGAUAUUUAGUCACGUGUGCUUAAGAAGGUAGAAUUAAGUGGCAGAAUUGAGUCAUUUGUAUUGGAUGUUUAGAAACUGGUUAGUACGCAAUAAUUUCAUGAGCAAGCUUUAUAAAGUACAUCACAAAAUGAUGUACUUUAAAUGAUAGCUAAACAGUAAUUUGGCUAAGAAACCCAAUCUUAUAUAUUUAAGGAACAGUUUCCCAAUCAAGAUAAUUUUACAGAACACGUCUUGGUCAGUUUAUCACUAUACCUGGCACAGGACAGAUAAACGAAGCUUAUCAGUAGACGUAGACUGCCCAACAGUUUUUAACCUUUUGCAACCCAAAAUAGAAGUCAUGUUAUCAACAUCUUAAGCACUAAACUGCAAACCCAAAAAUGGCACUGUCAGUUCCAGGAAUCGAUAUCUUAAAAAAGGAACCAGCCGGAGAACAAUAGAUCAGUGCCACACACACCUUAUCAAUAGAAGAGCACAAAAGGAGUUGGACAAAUGAGGCCGCAAAAUACUUUAGGAAAGAGCCCAAUUGAACAAGAGCAACCGAAAAACAAACCCAUGACUUUGGACAAAGGCGGCGACAUUGAAAAAUGCUAAAGAUAAUAGUUUUCAAAGAGGAACAAACACAAAUUGAAUGAACCAGGCAAUCGAUGGGCGCGCAUUUCGCCACCUACCGCCCCGGGGGAUUUGGAUUGUAUUGUAUCUCCAAUUUCGAAGAUCCGAACUGGACGCACGCAAGAAUAAACAUGACUGACAGAUAGGGAUGCCUGACGGGUGGGCUUAUGAGUAGGUAAGGGUAAAAAUUGGAUGGGGUGGCGUGUACGCGUGCGCAGGCAAAUCAAGCGGUUUUAUGAUCUUGUUUUCGUUUUGCAAAAAGGAAAUUCGGCGUCGAUUUGUGUAAACAAAGUUAUAAAAUUUGUGGGGGGAUUAUGUGAAUAGCAAGAUAAGGCUUUCUCAAUAUAAACUAGUGAAGCCGGCCACAGGACAGCAGUCAUUCUAGAGACUUCGAGAAGAGCACAUAUCAUCUUAUCAUACUCAUAACAUGGAGAGCCAUCAGAUCUAUCGCCACAAAAAAUUCGAUGUCGGUCGAAAAGUUGAGGAACUCGAGUUGCUCCUCAAGGAAGAGCUAAUCUCCCGAAGCGGCACACCCUGCACCAGUCGUAGUGCUUCCGAUGAAGCCGAUCAGUCCAUCAGUCUGGGAUUCAGUGAGGAUACUGAAUAUCCCCCACUGCCAAAGCGCCGUCGUUUGGGUUCCUCAUCCUCCAGCGUUUCUUACCACUCACCCAGUCCAAUCAUAACCGAGGCCAUCCAAGACAUCUUCAAGUACCACGUCAACAUGGUGCGAAAGUUUCCCAAGAAGGAGCGCACGCCGAAGGAUCACGAGCGCCGCAACAAGAACACAAUUGCCUGCAGGAUGAGUCGGCGGAAGAAGAAGUUCGAUGACCUGCAGAUCGAACAGCAGUACAAGGAGUGCUCUUCCGAACACCUCAAGAUCGCCGAGCAGAGCCUGCGAGCCAGGGUAUAUCUGAAUCACCUGAAGCAGCUGGUCAAGCAGGAGGAUCACCCGCUGCCAUCUCCAAGGAGAACCCCGGAAGAAAAUCCCAAGAGAAACUUUACCAUCGACUACCUGAUUGGUGGCAUUAAGCAGGAGAACGUUUAGCCACACCCAUCCUCCUGUGGAGAUUGUAUUAUAUAAUUAAGCAAUACGUUGUUAAGUUUCUUCAAGAAUCUAAAAGCUAAAUUAUUUUUAAGAGCCCUUUAAGGAUAAGCAGGUACUUCAUAAAAAAUAAAGUUAAUUAUGUACUUAAAAGAAAACUAUAGGUGUUUGAUAUUUCCUCAAAAAACGUUUGGUAAUAUCAACCAAACCUCCGUGACAAAAAACGGCACCGUCAUAGGUCAGUAGCUUAACGACUUCCAUAGCUAAAGUUAUAAAGCCGAGAAGAGCUCAAUUGAGGUUCACGGUUGAUCACAUUUUGUUAUGCUUUUACGUGAUCAUGUGAAAUUUUAUUUAAACCUACCUACCUAGUUUUCCUGUUUUAAAGAUUUAUAUGGCCUAUCGUAAACUAUUUAAAAUUAUUUUAAUACGCUUGAAUCUUGAAUAUUGACAGGCCUUGAUUUGUGAUAUUACUUAUUACCAGACCAUGUAUAAUUCAUGAAAUAAUUUUUUAACCAGUUAUCUAGAGCCGUA